AUGCAGCUGGCCGGACUCCGCCAGGCGUGCCAUGCAGCUCGGCUAUUGGAACAGGGCUGCGAGCUCCAAUUCCAUGUGAGACAACACGAGGUCUUGGCCAAGCCAGAGCGGCAUUUGGGCAGUGGCAGCUAUGCCAGCGUUUGGGAGCUGCGGUUGAGGUGCGCGUCCGGAGCGGUGCCGCGGCGAGCGGUGCUGAAGCACUUCCCGCCGGUGGACGCGGCGGUGGCCGCCUUCUUCGGGCAACAGCUCUUAGGACAACAUCGUGAACAAUGGCAGAAGGAACGGGCCAUCGGCGAACGCCUCAGCCACGUGGCAGCGCGCGCGGACACCGCCGCGGAAUUCCGCGGCCGGCGGCACGUGGCGGCGCUGCUGGCGGCGGAACCGCGCUUCGUUGGGGUGGCGCCGGAGGCGCCGGCGAAUCAGGAAUUGAUGCUGAUCCUGGAGCACGCAGGCGAUCCUUUGGAGCAGCGGUGGCAGGAGGAACGGAGUGCCAUUCGUCCGCGGUCGACCUGUCCAGUGGAGCGUAGUGCCAUCGUGGAGCAGCUGCUGGAGGGAGUAGAGCUUUUGGGGCUGUGUGGCGUGGUGCAUGCAGAUAUCUCUGCGAGCAACUGCUGCAUUGACGAUGCCGGUGUGGUACGCUUGGUGGACUUUGGCAACGCGGUGCUUCUAGAGGCAGCGCGGCAAGCCAGCGGAAAGCUGGAGCGGUUGCGUUCGCGCUACGUGCACCAUCCACGGUUCCCCUGCAGCGAGCGCUACGCGUACCCACAGACGUUGCAUCGACUGAUUGAGAAGAUUGAGCAGCCGCGGAACAUUGACGUCUAUUCAGCUUGCUAUGACUGCGAGGCCUUCUGUGGGAACCUCGCUGCGACCCCACCGGAAGUCCUGCGUGGACUGCUGACGGCGGGCGCCAGCGACGUUUAUGGUGUGGGGAUCCUCUACUGGUGGCUCUUAACGGGCGAGGAGACGCCCUUCGAGAUCCACGUGGAUGGGGACCGCAUUUCCUUCCCAGGCUGGCGGCGCUUCUAUGCACUCAGCCCACAGCAGCAGAUGGAGGAGCUGCACGGUCGCUUGAGGGCGGCGAAGCCGGAGGACACCUCCGAGGCGGAGAGGUCGGCCAGGUGGCUGUGCAGCGCAUUGGCCGAAGCGCCGGAGGACCGCGCCAGCGCGGCGCAGGGCCUCGCGGGGGAGAUGAAAAGGGGGCGGACGCACGCGGGGCGGACGCAGGUUAGGCCACCGAGUGGUGGCCUCUUCGGAUCCGGCUUGCGGUUUGGUCACUUGCCUGAGUUCAUGCUAGGUCACGAGAUCGACUGGGCCAAGGCGCCCGGAUUGAGCCAUCGACUCUCUGCUGCUGAGAACAGCCAACGAGCACGGAUGUCGUUAGGACUUGGGGAUCCGGCGCAGUCUCUUUGGGCAUAUCGCACUGUGCCACUGGUAAAGAACAUCCUGAAGUAG